UCAGGUGGUCAAAUGGUCAAGGGAAAAUUCAAUGUCCAUGAAUACUAAAAAGACAUUGGCAAUGACAUUCACCAGGAAAACUGUCCCACUUAUAGCUACAUACAAUAUUGAAGGGGAAGAUGUCAGAAGAGUAAAUAGUGUUCAGGAUCUGGGAGUUCAAUUUGAUACCAAGUUACUGUUCACUUCACAUGUGGAGAAUGUUGUGGCCAAGGCUAGAAAGAAGCUUGGUAUCAUGAGGUGGAUUUUGAGGGAUUUCCAAAAUGCCAAUACAUUGAUGUGUCUCUACACAGCACUUGUGAGAAGCCAUAUUGAAUACGCCUCCGUGAUCUGGAACCGGGAUAGACUCUGCACAUCUGUCAUGCUGGAGGGGAUACAGAGGAAAUUCAUUAAGUACUCGAUGCGACGCUUCAUUCCAGGAUCCGAAGACUUAUCGUACAGGGAGCUGUGCUUGGCCAUAGACCUGGAAAACUUGGAAUGGCAGAGGAAGAAGAACGAUGCCAUGUUUAUACAUUCUUGCCUUCAUGGUCAAAUUACCGUUGGUGAACGUGGGAUCGACUUGAUUGUACCAACUCGACAUUUUAGACAGUUUCAUGUGUUCAAACCCGUUAUACGGAGCUACACAUCGCCAGUAGAAAGAAGCAUUGGAAGUGCAAAUAAGCUUUCUGAAAGAAUGGACUUUUUCGUGCCAGUGAAGGUUUUCAAAGCAAAGCUUAAGUCUCUUACAGAGUAUAUUUUUUAAUGCUGGCACAUUUAUAUCAAUGUACCUGAACUUUUUCUCUUUUCAUUUUUGACUUGUGCAACUCACAAAGGCCUUGAGCUGUCAUUCUGCACGUUAAAAACCUACUAUUAUUCUGUGUAUUUAGAUGUGUUCUAACUUGUCUAUUUGUACAAAUAAAGGUAUUAUUAUAAUUAUUAUUAU